AUGGCUGAAAGGCCAGGGAGCAGCGGGACAGCACCGCUGCCUGUCUGGUCCUUGCCCAGUCCCCGCGGCCGCUCCCAAAGCGACAUCUCCUCCUUCUCCUCCUCCCGGAGGACCUGCCUGCUGCGGUCCAACGUGGGCGGCUCAGUUGAUGGUUUGGACAAGGCUUCAAUUGCUAACUCAGAUGGACCAGCCCCAGGAUCCCAAACUCCCCCCUUCAAGAGGAAGGGCAAACUCUCCAACAUUGGCAAAAUCUUUAAACCUUGGAAAUGGCGGAAGAAGAAGACCAGUGACAAAUUCAGAGAAACAUCAGCAGUGUUGGAAAGGAAGAUUUCGACAAGACAAAGCAGAGAGGAGCUGAUAAGAAGGGGAGUGCUGAAGGAAAUGCCCGAGCAAGAUGGUGAUGUAACAGUAAAUUUUGAAACUUCAAAUGGACACACUGUAGCCAUUGGUGAAGAAACUAUACAGGAAGAAAAUGUGGUAAAAGCCAGUGGAAAUAAUGGCACUUCAUCAGAGAAAGCAUCAGCAUCAGAAGGAAAAAAAGAAGAUCAGAAAGAGAGCACUGGUCACUGCCCAGAAAUACCGACAUCCCAUGCUGCACCACUACCUAAGCCUAAGCCUAAACCUAAAAAAGCUCCACUACCACCAAAAAAUGCCAUUGCCACUUCCACCGCCACCAGCCAUAAGGGUAAUGAAGCACCUCAUGCUAAAAAAAAGGGAAAGGCUCCUGCUAAGCAGCCUCCUCUCCCGCCGCCCAAGCCAACAGGUGCCAGUGCAAAUCGAGAAGCUGCUGGUUCCUCUCAUGCAAAAAAACUACCAGUCUCCAAGUCUUCUUCAUCACCAUCUCCUUCGUCCACAUCAUCUCAUCCCAAAGCCUCUAAGGAGACUUCCAGCAAAUCUGGCACAUCAGGGACUCCCAGGGGCAAGAAGAAACCUGGGAAACAGUCAGCCCCACGAACAGCACCAGAUGGGGCUGCUUCUUCCCCCUCAGGUGCAACAGCUGACAGUUUGGAAGCGAAGGCAGAAAAACCCAAGCCUGAGCAAACUUCCACAGUAAUUUUUGACAUGGAGAACGCAGACCAGUCGAGCAAGCUUGUUGUGCCCCCUCCUCCCACCGCUGCCCCUCCUCCACCUCCGCUUCCACCUCCUUUUCCUGCUGCAGCUAGUCAGCCUGCUGGCUCCUCAGAUGCCCAGGAUGUGUCAGACAGCUGUGUGGCAGGGCCACGCAGCCCUGGGUCAGACACAAAGCCUCUUCUCCUGACUGAGCGUGGCACAGACCAGAGUCUGAGCAGUGCAGCCCUAGGCAGCGCUCCAGAUGCCGGAGGAGAAGACACAGAAAGCUUGGCUCCCAAAGAAGACCAGGAAGGGGAGGCUCCAGAUCAAGCCUUCUCUGAACUACUGGAGGAGGCUUCUGAUGCUGCUGCCCCUCCUGAGAGUGAAAGUAGCAGAGAGAGCCAUGGCAGUGACUCGGACUCGGACGGGCCGAUCCUGUACACAGAUGAUGACGAUGAUGAUGAUGACGAGAAUGCAAGUACUGAAAGCUCUUUGGCAAGUAAAAUUCGUCGUAGGGAUACUCUUGCUAUCAAACUUGGCAACAGACCAUCUAAGAAAGAGUUAGAAGACAAAAACAUCUUGCAGCGUACAUCCGAAGAGGAGAGGCAGGAAAUCAGACAUCAGAUUGGAACAAAGCUUGUGAGGAGACUUAGCCAGAGGCCCACAACUGAAGAGUUGGAGCAAAGAAAUAUCCUGAAGCGUUUCAUCGUCCAUAACUGUUUGACCACAUCCCAUAUUUCAAGUAACAAUUUUCUUUGGGGAAAUCAUUGCGUCCUGAAGACCUGAAAUUGCACUGGAACUUGAUUGAGUAUGUGUGCCUGCUACAGCUUACCCUGAGGCUAAUGAAGAAAGUGGCCCUUGUUUUUGUCAAUGGACAAAUAAUUAGUCUAGGAGGAGAACCCACAGGAAGUGUUUGUCCAUGUCCAGACAAACCAUGAGUCUGUGGCCAGCCCACACGGACAAACCAGUGGACUUCUUUGUCAGAGCUGCACGAAUCAGGAAGUGCUGAAGACAAUCGCUGGAGAGCCUGCUGCCAGGAUCUCAUCGGGCUUCAUGGGGUUGGGACUGAGGGCAACAAAGAGGGUGUGGGGGGGUGACAAAAGAACUGAGAGCUGGGGGAAAAGAGGCUUUGUUUGUCAGUUCACAGAAAUAAGUGGAAUGGAUGGGACUGCUCAACAAUGCACUUGGCCAGUAGGAAUAAUUAUUUUUAAAAAGAAACAGAGUGUAAGCAACUGUGCAUGUAGGUUUUUUUUAGUGGCUGCAGCCUGUCUUAAAAAGAUAGCAAGCCAUAAGUCCUCGUGUCAUCAGUACUUUAGGAAGAACUAUCAUUUUCUUUGGUGCCAGUAAAUACAGUUGCCAGAAAUUAGUCGUAGUAUAACUCAACUGUCUUUUUUUAAAUCCCAGUGCGCAUGCUUCGGGAAAACACAUGGAACAUUCAUACAGAACAAGUAAUAUAUUUUUUGAUUUUUAAUGUUGACAUACUCUGGAUCUUCAAAGAUACAUAAACAGGAUUUGAAGGACAAAUAAUGUGACACUAUGAAUGCAAUGAUUUGCUUUGUGUUUAGAAACACUCCUUGCUGUCUGUCACUUGCCAUUCAAACCAGAGGAAUCAUUAUCUUUGUCAUCCAUGGCAGGCAGUGGUGACAACUUUGACAUCAUGCUAGUGUGCAUCCAAAGUCAGAAUUGAAAUUAGGCACAGAAGUCUUUAUUAAUGGGCCUGAGCAGUGAUUCCUAAUGUAACUUUUUACAUUUAAGGACUCUUGCACUGCUUUGAGAAAGAACUCCCAGAUGAAUCAGUAUGUCUUCAGCUAGUAGUCCUUUAAAAGUGAAAGAAAAAUCCUUGGAUUAUCUCCAGCCUGUUUUUGUUGAGUGUGAAGAAUGCUUCUUAGAUUCCUAAUUUUUUAUACUAUCUUGAAAUUGUACAUGUGAAUAGAGUGCUAUUAAAAUUAAGUGGUAUGGAGUGUGAAAGGCAAUACAUGUUUUUUCUAAGUUGGCCCAAAGGCCUAUUAAAAAGCCUGUGGCAUUGUUUACACUAAGAAAUUCUUUGUCCUAUAUUAGCACUUAUUUAUCCUUUGAAUUAGUGUACACAGCAUUGGGGGGGGUGGGUCUGGAAUUCAGAUAUGCAUACAUUUAAUGCAGUAUUACAAUAUAUUUGCUAUUUAUCCUUUCUAAUGUGUGUACAUAUUACAAUUUAUUUUUGUCUUUUAUGUGUCCUGAUCAGUUUUUAAUUAUGAAGUGUAAGUAUUUCUUUUUCUGGCAAUAAAAGGUCUGUGUAGAUGUGAUUUUUACAUCAGAACCUGUGAUAGAUUCUUGUGGAAUGUGGUUUAGUUUAUAAAAUUAAAGGUGGUUGUUAGAGAUGUCAGCCUAAAGGCAGGAAGGCAAUUUGGUGGCUAAAAUUAGAUAUCUCUCUUUAGAGCUAUUUACAACAAGACCAGGUUUGCAUAAAUUAGGUGGAUUAUUUUAAUGAAAAGCCCUUCUAGUAACAGAAGAGCACUGUCACUCUGAUAUUUUUAAAGACACUGGGAAACCUUUUUUAAAAAAGAUUGAAAUGACUGUUAGGAUCCAUUACACUUUGGUGAAAAUCUAAUGAUGUACAAGCCACAAAGUAUCAAUAACCAAAUAAAAAAAGCCAUCUACAUGCUUGUAGCAAAUGAAAGGAAGGAGCACCUUCCUUUUUUAAUGGAAUCAAUAAGAGCCAUUAGGAUUCCAUUUGCAGAAAAUAAGCUUCUGGAAAGUCCAUCAUUUUAUAAAUACAGAAACACCGCUUUGACAUCAAGGAAGCAGUGAAAAUGUAUUCUUUGGCACUAAAUCAUACAGGAAUUAGGAGGGCAUUAGGUUUGUCAGCAAUUCUGGUAGAAUGCUAAUUUUUAUUUUUAGAAUUUGAAGAGUAGAUUUUAAAGUUACACUAGAAUAAUUCCAAUUAAAUUUCUUUUUGCUGAUAUUGCGAAAUUUAGGAAUGUGUGUCCAAAAUCAUAUAAAGGUCUACUAUGUUGGCUUUGAAAUAUAAAACACAGUAUUUUGCUUCAAAGGAACUGAGUGGAACAAUUAAAUAGAUCUCAGUGUUGCAUUAAUCAGAUUGAAACAUUUGAAAGCAGUCAAGAUACUGAAGGCAGAAAGACAGUUGUUGCAUAGGCAGAAUAACUCGGACAAAGGUAAGGUCAGACUAUAAAUAUUUUAUAUAAGACAACAGCUCCACCACCAUGCCAAAGUACACACAGGUUACAUAAGCAAACUAAAGCUUGUUAAACUCUUAGGAUGAAGUGAAAAAAUUGACUUUACAAGAAGACAUUUCUCUAUACUAGGCCUGGACGAUGGAUGGAAAUCAUGUGCCAACCUUAUUGUUUUAAGAGUAAUAACACAAAGAUGAGGAUACAACUUCUGGCUCAGACUUCUUCAAGCUGAAGUUAUGUCAUAAGAAAUAAGGAUGUGUGGAUGAGGUAUCACUUAGGCUUUCCCUAUCUUCCUUCUGGGUUUGGAGGGGUUUCUUUAAAGUACUCCCUCCAAGCCAUUUCUAGUUGCAGGACUCUAGCCUUGGUAGAGAUGCUGAGUUAAUUUUUAAUUUCUUACUAUUUUGAAAAUAAUCAGAUGCACUGUGCCGCCCACAGUUCAGCAAACUAUUUAAGCACACUUGUGUAACUGGAAAAAAGAGUUACCUUUAUGGGAACUUAUGUAGUAUACUACAUAAGAUUAUUAUAAGAUGUAGCAGAAUUAGAACUCCAAACUAUCCAUAUUGUAUUGUAUCCACACAGAGACAUAGAACUGAAUAUACUAUUUUUGUAUUCUAAAUAUCACCUGGCAGAAAAAAAAAAAAAAAAAAAAAACAGCUGUAAAGUGUUGUCCAUGCAAUAAAAAAAUAAUGAGAAUUUGGUAUGUCACCAUGUACAGUGAAGCAAGUUUGCUUUAAGAAGCCUGAAGUCAAUUUCUGCUGCCUCUCCUAGUCCUCUGUAUUGAUAAUUUCAAAUGUUUUUCAGUUGCAUCAACAACCCAUUGGAAAUAUUACACCAUAUACCUGUUAUGGUGCUGCCUACCUUCUAGAAGAGAAAAAUCAGGGUAAGUCCUGAGAAAUUAAUGAGUUAAAAAUUCUAGAGUUAAAAAGAAAAAUAUGUUAAACGCGCAAAGAAAAAAUGGCACUUUUAAUGCAAAGUAUAGUUCAGUCCAGUUGGCUAAGAGGGAUCAGGAUGAUAAUUUUUAUCAAGCUGGAUGAAUCAUUUAAAUGUCAUCCACAAUAUAUGACAAACCUUACACACAUGAGACCUAUGUCCCACCAAGUCAGGUAUGUCUACAUACACAGAAGGAGAAAAUGAGCAGCUUGAAGUAGUGGUUUCUGAAAUGAUCUCACAUAUAAUAUUUAUCAGUAUAAUCACAGAUCACAGCAUGUUGCUGUGGGUGGAAAAGAAUGGAUACUUAAUAAAAUCCUAAUUUCUUCUUCACAUAAAAAUUUGAAAUGGUUCUAGAGUCUUCUUUCAGGUAAUACUUCUUUAUAACUCAGAUACAGUCUAUCUGGAUUUUUUUGAAUUGUGCUAUAUAUGUUGACUCAACAAGUACAAAAAAAAAUUAAAUGCUAAUGAUUAUUUAAGCUAAUACAAUUUCAACUGGUGAUUUGAAACACGUUAGGACCAGAAGCAGCAUCUCUUCAAAAUCACUGUAAGUAUUCAUGGCCAUUUGUAGUUCUACAAGAGUGCAUUUAUUUGUUGGGUUUAUCAUUUACCUACAGUUGUGCAUGUCCCUUGCUGUGGUGGACUUCACCGACCUCUGAUGUGGUGUGGGGCAGGACAGCCCCACCAUCUGCUUGGGCCAACCUGAGCACCUCUUAGAGAACCUCAGUGCUGACAUGGAAAAACCACAUCACAUGAGCACCUAUUUUUUAACUUGAAAGCCAAAUGAAAGCUGUGAAACGAAGGAGGGAAGUAUCCCUGAUAUUAUAGAAAUUAGACCCCUCCUUCCAGGUGAAAUGAGUGCUUGGCUUCCUGCAGAGAUGCUUCGAACUCAGACCUGUAACUAAUAAUACUACAGCUACAUGAGAGAAUUUGUUUCAAAUUAACAGCUGCUUAACUUGACUAUAAACUCAAUCUGAGCCCCGAUUUUGUAUCAUCAUAAAGCACAAGAAGAUCCAGCCAGCAACAGACUGAAAACAUAGUCAGGCAGCCUGGAAAUCAACCAAAACUCCCUGACUGUCUGCAGCUGGCAGGGCUUGGAGUCAGGGUAGGGAGAGCCACACUGUCACCUGGGUACCUGGCAGCACAGGCCUGUGUGAGCACUGCUGACAUCCUAAACAGAGACCAGAAUAUUGGCCCAUGUCUUAAUGUCUGUUAAUGCUUUAAUGACAAAGCAAACCAAGCUAAAAGCCUACGUUUGCAUGAGACUGUCAGGUGCACAUGAACUGUAUGUUUAACACUUUCACGUCCUCUGGUUUUAAUGAUCUUCAGGAGUUAAGACCUGUGCCAUUGUUGUAAACUAAACUGAAAAUAUACUCAGGGUGAAAAAAAAGUAUGAGUAAACUUGCCUCCUGCCUUCAGGAUGUCCCACAUUUAGUUCCAUUAUUGUUGCUAUGUGUAUUCUUAUUAUACCAAGAUCAGUGCAAUAUUCACUGAUGGGAUAUAGAUUAUGAUGAAAAGAAAAAACUAUAUUCUGACAGAUUUUAUAAGGUUGAUACAAAAAUACUUUGACGGUCAAGUUAAAAAAAAAAAAAAAGUCCCUAUAAUAGCUUGAAACUUCUUUUUAACAGAAAUCUGGAAAAAAAAAGCCCCACCAAAAUUUAUGAAACUGUAUCUAGAGAGAGAAAGGGAGAAAUUGAGUGAAAUUAACAUAUAUUUGCUAUAAUGUUCAAACAGGUUUCUAUUUAUGAAGUUUAAUAAUUAAUAAGGUCUUGUUUCACUUUGUGUUCCUGUUUCAUUUCAAGAUUGUAAUGGCAAUAAAGCUUAUAUUAACCAGAUACAGCAUUUCACCAAUAUUUUCUAGAAGCUAUAUAUUGCAUUGGAUAGAAACAAAGAAAGCAAUGGCAUUAUCUGUAUCUUCUUGUGCAAGCCUAAAUUCUUUAUAUUAAAAAAAAAAUCUUGCAAUACUAUGUCAAAUUUAACAAUAUUUGAACAUUGUUAUGAUACAGUAAAAUGUUAAAACGUUGCUAAACAUAUCUUCUCUUCCUUUCACUACUUUGUGUGGUGGUAUAUCGAUUUGUAAACUUGUAUAAAUUUUGGAAUUAAAGAAAUACUGUGUUUUGGAUUAU